GCUUAUCUAAUCACACAAAAUUUUUGUCCGUACUAGUGUAAACGUAAAACAACAAUGAAGGUUCUUGCAAGUGUUAUCGCAGUUUCUUGUCUUUUUAUUGUCGUGAUCUGUCAAACUACGACAACCAUAAGUCCACCGACUACGCCAGCCAGUGACGGCAGCAAUUUAAACCCAGACUGGUCAUACUGCAUGGAAUUUACAUGGGUCGGACCAGCCUAUGACAAUUUCACUCGGUUUAACCGCACCUGUGCAGACUAUUUGGACGAAACAAGAGCCACAGGAAUUCCCUGCAGUCCUCCUAUAGUUAUAACUGAGGAUGGCACGCCACCCGACAUAGAUUAUUUAUUCCGACAUCAUAAGACCAGCGUCCUAUGUAAAAGAACCCCUAAUCAAGUGUGUGCGACCUAUACUUAUCGAUUCGAUGGCAUUGUUAGCAACUCGACGUAUAUGUGCACAAAAGUACAAGAAUUCGGAGGAGGUGCCAUAACUUCUGGUUGCUAUACUCAGAAUAUAAGAGGUUAUGACGUGGAGGUUUGCGUGUGCAAGUCAACUAAAGGACAUACGUACAAACCCUGCAACCACAAACUUGUCGACUACAGUUAAAUAUAAACGACGUAAAAUUAAGAAAUUUAGAUAAAGUAGAUAUGGUAUACGCGAUUCGUUACGAUUGUUGUUGAAAGCAUCCUGCGCUUUCAUUUUUUAUUACCCGUUGUAUAGAUACAUAUGAACAUGUACGUAAGUAUUUAUUAAUUUUUGUGAAUAUAAACGAUUUGAAUAAAUAAA